CAUUAAUUUACAUGUAAGACAUGAAAGUUGGUCAUCUUAGGCUGAUCGAUUUUGUCUACUCCAGGAUUUUGUGAUUACUGAAAAUUUCGAUAUAUUUGCAGUCACCGAAACUUGGUUGAAUCAUGGAUAUCGAUCUUCGGAUAUCCGUAUUCCCAAUUACAAUUUUAUACAUGCGGACAGAAUCGGUAGAGGAGGAGGUGUCGGCUUCUUUCUAAAGG